AUGCCAUCAGCAUACCAGUCCGUGCCGCAGAGCGAUACCCCGGAGAAUCCUUACGCCACAGUGCACCCGCACGCCGCUCCGCGGUAUGCAGCCCUCCCCCAUAAUGACAGCCAAGACACACUGCUAGCCGAAUCGCCGCUCGACGGCAAGCUCGAGCACGAAGAAACUGGGGACAAUGAUGGCGACAAUGACGAGAAGCGGGCAUCGCGACGGCCUUUGUCGCCGCGUCGGGUCGAGGACUGGGAGGACAAGGUGAUCCUCGUCCUCAAGGCGACCGCCGCCGCACUGGCCGCACUUUCCCUGCUCUACGUCGCAUGCUGCUUUGUUGACGGCAGCGCCGAUGGCUCUCGCGCCGGCUGGAAUCUGCUACCUUGGAGCGACUCGUUCCACAGCCACCACCACCACCGCCCCGCCGUCGACCAGCAGGCCAUCAGUGUUGACGGCACGCCUGUCGCUUCGAUGCAGGGCGACGGCAUCAUGUUCGGCCUCGGUGUCGGAGACAUCACUGGCCCAAUCGUCGAGGUCAACAUGAUGGGCUACGCCUCAAUGCCCCAGACGAAUACCGGGCUCCACAUCCGUCUCCGCUCCCGCGCCUUUGCUGUCGGAUCCCGCCAACGCCAGCUUGACCUCGGCGCCGCCGCGGGCAAGUCACCGCAUCAGCUCAUCGCCACCGCCGACGGCUCGCCCUCGCGAUGGAUCUUCAUCAACUCGGACAUUUGCAUGGGCGACACCGCCGUCCGCCGCGGCGUCGUUGACCGACUUCGCGAGCUGUACCCGGGCCUUUAUGGCGAGCGCAACAUCGCCUUUGUCGGCACCCACUCCCACGCCGGACCGGGAGGCUUCAUCACAGCGCUACUGCCUACUCUCACUUCCAAGGGGGUCGUGAAGCAGAACGUCGACGCCAUCAUCGAGGGCACCGUCCAGGCGGCGAUCCGCGCCAACGACGAUUUCGAGCAGCGGCUCUACAACGGCAAGCGGACCCGCCUCAGCUUCGGACGCAAGAGGUUGCCCGAAGCGCACAUUCAGCGCAGCAGGUACGCCUACGAGCAGAACCCUCAGGAGGAGCGGGACCGCUACGGCGGCGACGAUCUCGACCACGACUUUAGCCUGCUCAAGUUCGAGGAGCUCGCCAGCGAGGGUGGGGAGGGUGAGGCCCGCGAGCAGGCUGAGGCAAAGGGCUUCCUCUCGUGGUACGCCGUGCACGGCACCUCGCUCUACGAGAACAACACUCUGACCUCGGCCGACAACAAGGGGCUGGCGGCACUGCUCUACGAGACGGCGCAGGAGCCCGACCGGAUGCCCGGUCAGACGACGUUUGUCGCCGGCUUCUCGCAGUCGACGGUGGGCGACACGUCCCCCAACACCCAGGGCGCCUGGUGCGAUGACGGUUCCGUCUGCGAGUACAAGCACUCCACCUGCGACAACGGCCACGGCAAAGACCGCGUGCAGACCUGCCACGGCCGCGGGCCUGCUUGGGGCGACGCGUCCCUGCUCGAGGUCUCGCCCACCGGCAGCUGGGACUUUGCGUCCAACGAGAUCAUCGCCCGAAUGCAGGUGGACGCCGCGCGGGACAUCAUGUCGCGCCCAGCGUCUGCGGGCGGCGGCGAUGGCGACGGCGACGGCGACGAGUAUAGCAGCUUGACGCUCAUCGAUGAGGGCGGCCCGGUCAAGAGCGUCAAGAUGAACGUCGACAUGAGCCGCUAUACCGUCUACCGCAAGGAUGGCAGCCGCGUCAAGACGUGUCCCGCCGCGCUCGGCUACGGCUUCGCCGGCGGCACCACCGACGGCCCCGGCGCCUUCGACUUUGUCCAGGGCAGCAACACCACCGACCACCACAAUGCGUUCUGGGACGUGGUCAAGGCGUUUAUCAAGUCGCCGACCGAGGAGCAGAAGGAGUGCCAGGCGCCCAAGUCGGUCCUGCUCGACGUCGGCGAGAUCCACCGACCCUACGACUGGGGCCCUUCGAUUGUCGAGGUCCAGAUGCUACGGGUCGGGCAGCUCUUUAUUCUGGUCGUGCCCGGCGAGUUUACUACGAUGGCGGGCCGCAGGCUCAAGGCGGCCGUGGCGGCGUCGAUCUCCGAGGCCGGGCUGUUGCCCGAGGGCGUCGAGCCCAUCCUUCAGAUCAGCGGGCCCGCAUCGACGUACGGCCACUACAUCACGACCGAGGAGGAGUAUAGCGUGCAGCGGUACGAGGGUGCGAGCACGCUGUUCGGCCCCCACACGCUCGAGGCCUACCUCGACGUCUUUGCACGCCGCCUCGUGCCUGCGCUCAAGGAGGAUGCGCGCGACCUGCCGCAGGGGCCGUGGAAGCAGGUCGAUCUCAACAAGUCGUACCAGCUCAAGACGGGCGUCGUGUACGACAACGCCCCGCUCGGCCACAAGUUUGGCGACGUCCUCACUCAGCCCCUGCUGUCGUACCCGGUCCCUGCCCCAUCCGCCGCCGCUGUCGCCGGCCGUGGCCGCGAUGCUCUCGUCCAGGGCGCUGCGGCGCCUCGCUGGCGCAACGCGUCGCUGGCCAUCUUCGAGGACGGGCCGGUCAGGUCGCAGGCGUCGAACGUGACGGCCGUCUUUGUCGCGGCCAACCCGCGCAACAACCUGCGGCUGGAGGGCACCUACUUUGAGGUGCAGCGGUACGCCGACCACGGCGAGUGGAGGACGGUGCGCACCGACGGGCACCACUCGACGACGCUGCGGUGGAAGCGGACCAACGGCCUGACGGGCAGCUCGACGGUCGAGGUCUCGUGGAGCAUCGAGAGCUGGACCGAGCCUGGCCUCUACCGCAUCGUCUACAACGGCGACCGCAAGAUGCCGUUCACGGGCAAGGUUUCCGAGUUCAUGGCCAUCACUUCGGAGUUCUACGUCGUCUGA